AUCAGCUCAACAACUCAUAUUUCACCCCAGUGAGUUGAAACAUUUUUAAAAAUAAUGGAGAUCAAAUUCAAGGUUCAAAAAGCCCCUGCAAUUCCGAAACCUCCCCCUAAAAACAACAAACAGCCUUCAACCCUCGCAUUCGUCCAAGUCAACCCCGCAAGAAAAGACAAAGCAGCCCAACGAAAAAUCCGCCAACAUGUAAUGAAAGACAUAGGUCUCUCCCGCAGAAUGGGUGCAGUCCGUACACCAGAUCCAACAAGCCAGUCAAUCUUUAUCCCGACAUACUGGGGCGACGCUCAAGUCUGCUAUAACUUCCGCCGACUAUUUCGGGCGAUGGAUAUGGUGUCCGAGGGAUUGUUGUCAAUAGCUAUUGUCGAUCCUGUUUUGAGAUUGAGGCAGAAAUUAACGGCGACCUUUGAGAGUCCGCCGACUGUGGAGGAGAUUCAGCAGUAUACUGAGUCGUUGAGCUUGGUGAGGGAGGGGAUUGAGGCAGAGAGUAAGGCUAGUGAGAAUGCUGUGAUUGGGACGGUAAUUUGUCUGGCGACAUUUGAUAUGCGCGCUGGAAACUCGGAGUCGUGGAUGGUUCAUAUGGCAGGGCUGGAAAGAAUAGUUGAAAUGGCUGGGGGAGUUGAAGAAUUGGACUCACGCCCCGCUAUCCGACAAUCUCUGUUCAUCUGUGACCUCUUAGGCUCAAUGGUAGAAGACGCUGAACCGAGAUUCCCUCUACCUCGAGAUUUACCGACCUUACCCAAAGCUACCCGGUCCCGAUACGUUCAAAAGCUCUUAACGUCAUUGAGAAGUGAUGACCAGCCGAUUAAGGAACAAAUUGCUGUCAUCGAUGGUGCCCUCACAUCAGCGAAUCAGGUCGCCGUCUUACUAAAUGAAGUAUGGCGGGUCAGUCCAUUUGCGCUUGAUCUCCUCAUUCCAGUAUGCGCCCUGGCACAUCAAGUCUUAGCACUGCAAAGAAUGAAUUCUAUACAGAAACGACAUAAUUCGCCGAGUGCAACGUCUACGGGCCUCUUUGCAGAGAUUAUCCGCGUCUCAGCAGUUUCUCUAUUCGCAUUGGUAACGACACAAGCUUCCGGUGAUGCGCUGUACGUUGCAGCAAGAAGGAAUACCUCAGUUAAACAUCUUAUGGCGCAAUUGGAUGAUAAGAUUUGGAAGGGUAAAGAGGAGUUGAAGCUUUGGGUGUUGGUGAUACAGGUCUGUAUGGGUGUCGGUUCUUCAAAGCCCUGGUAUCUGGAUCAGAUUACCCAGACAAUGUCACGUGUUCAGCUACAAUCAUGGGAAGAUUUGAUGGACUGUUUACGAAAGGUGGUAUGGGUUGAGAAGGUUUCUCCGCUGGAGAUGACGCAUCUUCGGUCUGAUAUCGGGGAAUGGCUAUCCUAGUACCACCUUCUACAAGCUAAUCCCAGUAGUCUAGUAGGUGACGCCACCGUUAACACCAAUGUACUGCCCCGUAAUCCACCUAGACUUCUCCUGAACCAACAAAAGAACAGCAUCACCAAUAUCCUCGGGCGUCCCAGGUCGAUCAGCAGCUCUGGUGAUGUCAACCUCCCACUUCAUCAACUCAUCCUCUCGGCCCUUGGGAUAAA